UAAUAUUUAUGUUUUUUAUUUAGAGCAUAAAAAAAUUUCAGUAAAAAUGAUAUUUAUAUUGAUAUUAUCACUUUUAAUUUCAUACUACCUUUACACAUGGAUUAAAUUUUACUUUUCCCCGCUGUAUCGUAUACCACAAGUACCAGAACUACCAUUUCUCGGUCACAAUCUAUAUUUCCUGGGAUCUAAUGUGGACACGUUAAAUCUUCUCGAAAACUGGAUUGAAAGAUUCAAAGACGAAGGGGUGUUUAAAUUUAGAACAUUCGCAGGUAUGAAAGAAUACACUAUUGUGGUAACAAACCCCAGCGAUAUGAAAUACAUAUUAUCAAGACCAGACAGCUUUAAAAGAAAUGACUUCUUUCCACAAUUCUUACCUUUGGUCGGAGAUGGUCUGUUAGUUGCUACAGGAGAACAUCAUCGAUUUCAGAAGCGAGUCAUAUUGAAAGCACUUUCCCAAUCGAGCAUGAAAAGCUACUUACCUGUAUUUAACAAACAUACUGAUGUGCUAGUGAAGCUUUGGAUGAACAUUGUAAAAGAUAAGCCAAAUGGCACCAACCUUGCUGUUAAAGAAUAUUUCAAUAACCUAUCGUUUGACAUAUUUGGUGAAAUUGGUUUUGGUUACGAAUUCAACUCUCAAACAACCGAAAUUAAUGCUCUUGUGAAAACGUUUAAAGAUGCAGCUGAAGGAGUAUUAAACUUAAAAGCAAGAUUUUUUCUCAAAUAUUUCCCUUUUAUUAGGUACUUACCUUGGGGACCUGGUAGAUUAAUGCAAGAAAGUGAAAAAAUUGGUAGAGAUCUUGUAGAAAAGAUUAUACAACGACGCAGAGACAAAAUUAAUUGCAAUUCUUUGACUGAACAAGAAAAACAUGAUCUUUUGUCAAGAAUGAUGACAGAGAAAGAUGACAAAACUGGAGUUGGUUUUUCAGAAAAGAUACUUCGGGAUAACGCAUAUACACUGUUAAUAGCUGGACACGAGACAACCGCCACAAGUUUACCUGGAUUUCUGCUUUAUUUUGCAAAGUACCCUGAUUAUCAAGAAAAAGCAAGAAAAGAAAUUCAUGACAAUCUGAAUGGGAAACUUAAUCUUACGGUUGAUGAUCUAAAUCUUAUCCCAUUCACAACUGCGUUUAUAAUGGAAACCCUGAGAAUGUUCACAGCGCUGCCAAUGAAUGCUAGGCUUUCCAAAGUCGAUUAUAAGAUUGGAAAGUAUGAAAUACCAAAGGGAUGUAAUAUAUUGUUCCCAACAUGGGCUCUAAACAAAGACAAAGAAUCAUUCGAUGACAGUUGCGAGUUUAAACCCGAACGAUACUUUGAAGGAAGUAAAUUAAAGAAUGGUACCUCCUUUACUUUUGGGUAUGGCCCGUACAACUGUGUCGGCAAGAACUUCGCUAUUCAAGAAAUUAAGAUUGUGCUGAUCAAGUUAAUGCAGAACUUUAAAUUUUCCAUUGAUGAAGAAAAUUUGAAAACAUUCCGAAAAGUCUUCCUUACGUUGAAAUAUUUUCCAUCCAUCAAAAUUCGUGUUAUGCCGCUGUCAUGAACAAAAAUGGUUGUGAUCUCUUUGUGAUUUUAAUUUUUUGUUAUAUGGAUUAAAUAUGGCAAAUCGAAAAUGUUACUAAAUUUUGCUUGCAUUAAUUCAGCGAGUGCUGGUUAAAGGUAUUGCGUCAAGCUUAGUCAUGCAACAUCUCUUGUUCGCCACUCAUUGUUUUGACGUUAUUUCGAUUACUAUACAUCUUAUUUUUCUAUUAUUAAUAUAAAAUAUUUUUUUAUUUAUUUCUCUUGCUUUGCGCUGUUAAACAUUUUUUUUUUUUUUUCUAAAAGCUUUUAAAAAGCAUCUUCUCUAUUAUUCCAGUAAAACAUACAUUUGCUCUCACUUUUUGAAUUAUUUUUUAACUAUUCAUUGAUUUUAUUGACACUACUAAAUAAAAUAAUCUAUUUUACUUGUAACUAGCAUUAGCAUUGUAACUAACAUUAUUUUAUUAUUAAAAAUAAUUUUAUGUACUUAAUUUAUUUCCUUUACUCGGCGUUAAACAUUUUUCGUUAAAAAAUUCGAAAAGCAACUUUACCAUUAAGAUAUUAGUAAAAUAUUAGUAAUGUCACGGACUGUUCAAACUCGCUAAUCAUACGACAGGGUGUCCACGCCUUCUCUAAAAUCCUCUAAAGUCCUCUUUUUUAAAAACCUCUAUUGUCCUUAAAAAAGUUUAAAUGUGAUCAAAUCUCUUCUUUAACUCCUCUGUUUUUUCAGGUCCACUAAUAAUAGUUUGAUAGUUUCACUUGCUAUUUUCACUUAGCUUAAAUUUUUGUUUGUUUCAUAUUUGUCAGCUACUUAUUCUUGUAUACAGUAUACAGACAGUUAAGCCUACUUUUAGUUUAGAAAUAGGUUUGGAAUAUAGUUAUUUUCUAAUAUGUCUACCAUUAGGAAUUUAUUAGAAGCUCAUAAGUUUGUUUUAAAAAGAAGAUGUGGAAGUGUUCCACGAGAAUGGUUUAAGAUUUAUACAUGGCUAAAAGUUGUAUGAAAUUUAAGAUUUGGCCGUAAACAUAUAAGCAAUAAGUAUCUUUAUCUUUUUUAAAUUAUCUUCCUUCUCGGCUAACGCCCGGGCGGAUUAGUUUUCACAAAAUCGGCAAAUCAGGGUUCCCAUGCUUUUUUAAAGCUCUGUUAAUAGCUAUAUUAACCAAGCUAUAAAUUAACUGCGCUUCUCUCAUAAAAUAAUUACGCUGGUCGAGGGGCGUACUUUAAGGGGGAUUAAACUUCGCGGGAUUUUCUGAAACUUAUAUAGAUAACGUCAAAAUUUACGACCCUAUUUCGAUCAUUAAUAAUUAAACAAGACGUUAGAAAUACAUGUUUAAAUUUUUGCAUGUCUAUAUAUAUGUACACGUACAUUAAAUAUCAUUGGCUGUAUACCACUUAUGAAUUUCAUGUACUCAGCAGUAUUUUUUUACAAAAUAUAUAAAAAAUGAGCUUU